AUGGUAUCUACUAGACAACAAAGUAGUAGUAGUUCAGGCUCUUCAACCAAAGUGGUUGUUAUACCAAAACCUGAGAAAAAUUUCAGUGUAGUUAAUUUAGGCCAAAGUAGUUCUAGCCAUAUUAAUUUGCUAGACCUUCCAUAUGAAAUCCUAGAAAAAAUCUUAUCAUAUACCAAUUUCAAACACAUAUCCCAACUAAGAUCGAUUUCCCGGCAUUUCAAUGUAGUGUGUAGUACUAUGUUAAAUUCUACUUUUCAACGUCUGCAAAACCAAAUGUUAAAUCGCUUUCAAAUUAUUAAAACCAAAAUGCCUAGACGGGAAUCUGCUAGGAGACAACAUCCACUAGCAUGUGAAUCAGAUAUUGUUGAAACACUUCACAUGAGAUUAUUAUUAUUGCGUAUGGCAUUUGGUAAACACAUUGAAAGAAAACAUAUAUGUUUUUUUGCCGGAGAGAUUUUAGAUGAAGUGUACAAAAUACUACAUUAUAUUAAAGUUACUUCAAAGUUGGCAAGGCCAUAUAAAGUGACAGAUGAACUAUUUGACUUGUCCACAAUGGCCAUGGAAUAUUUUAGGGAAAAAAUUGAACCAACUCUUCCAGAAAUUCGACUUUUUGCCAAUGAUUAUCAUGAAUUUCCUUCACCUUUAGGUCCACCCAAUACUAGAACUAUUACCAGUAUGUGUUUGAGAAAACGUAGUUUAAUGAUACGUGAAGGUUCGGUUUCAAGUUUAGAAGGCAAACGAGCUUCAUCCGAAAGUCCUCAAUGUGGUUCAAUGUUACGAAAAAGUGUCGGUAAAAUUAAACAAGGAAUAAAGACGUCUCAAAGUUGUCAUUUGGAAAGGGAUUUCUUAGACUUACGGAAACAAUUGCGCAAAACAUCAACUCAAUCUGGCAAUGCGCAACGGGAGUUAAAACAAUGCAAAUCACAAAUGGCUGAACAACAUAAAACAUUGGUAGAAUAUUCAAGUAGGAUGGAUGAAUAUGAUAAGAAGAAUGAAGAGACAAAUCGAAAAUUCAGCACUUUAUUACAAGAACUCAAUAAGUGCAAGACAGAAAUUCAAUAUCUACAAUCAGCAUCUUCAUCUUCUACGCUUUCAGUUUGCUCAUCCUGCAGUACUACUGCAAGUGAUCUAUCUUUAGUUAUGGGACCACCUGCUUUAAAUUCUACUACCAAUGCUGUACGCACUAGAUUGCAUAGUCAAGGAGACCAAAUUCCAGAAAAUACUAAUGAGGAUUCUUUGGAACCUAGUGAUCCAGUAGUAUUUGAGGAAGUAAAGAGUUCUGAUGAGCAGGAACCAUCCACUAGUACUGGUGUUAAACGUAAAUUAGAAUUGGCUAUUCCCAAAGCUGCAAAACGUGUCAGGGCUGUAGCCAAAAAAGUACGCAGCAUUAAUAACGCUAACUAG